AUUAACUCUCUUCCCAUAAAAAUUUUUGGGUGCACAGUUUUUAUUACCAAUCCUGACAGAACUGCAAGUAAAUUUGACCCUAAGGGAAAAAAAUGUGUUUUCUUAGGACUCUCUUCAACUCAGAAAGGCUAUAAAUGUUUUGACCCUAUAACAAAAAAGAUGUUUAUAACUAUGAACACUGUUUUUGUAGAAGAUCAACCUUUUUUUGGUACUCAUCUUCAGGGGGAGAUUCCUAAUGAAGAUGGUAAUAAUGUAUCACAUAUCCUUGAAAAACUAGAACCUCUUGACAUUAAUCUAGAUGCACAGUAUAAUAGACAGUUAGAUGCACUAGAAAAUAGUCAAGAGUCAAAAGAAAAUGAAAAACUUUUUUCUGAAACAAGGAAAGAUGAUGAACAGCAGAUAAGUAAGUUUUUUGGCAAGGUUUAUGAAAGGAAAGUUCCAAAUCACAGAAUAGAGGACAUCCCUGAUCCUGCCACUGUCAAUGAAUCUGACUCAAUGCCAGAAAAUGACAAAGGUAAUAAUUUCAGUGAUCUAAAUCUACCCAUUGCUCUCAGAAAAGAAAAAAGGUCAUGUGUUAAAUACCCUAUCUCAAAC